AUGCAGGAGGCCAUCCAACGUGAGCUUCGACGUUACACGCAGAACUGGAUAGGCGACCCGCGCAACGAGCAGCAGACGGAGCAAGACGUCGCCGAGGACUGGAUGGAGUGGUGCGUGCCCUACACCGCGGAGCAGCUGAGGGACCCUGAGAUUGGGAUGAAGACUUGCCUCGUGAUGCGCGCCGUUGGCACCGAGCUCGAGAGAUGUGCGAGACGGCUUAUCGCGCUGGAGUUCGCAGCCGUGCUCGUUACAGUGACCGUCUUCGGCGGCUACGUGAUCAGUCGGAAGAGGACUGGGCAGAGGGGCAUGGUGUUCGGCGGGGUGCAGCGCUACAAGCGCGUCAAGGGCCUGGCCUCCGCUCUGCUGGAGUUCGACGCUUUCUGUGCUCGUGUUGGCAAGCAGCAGUUGGUUGACGAUGUCUCCCUCCAGUGGACUGGGCAUGCCAAGCACAGCGGGACCGAGUUGGGUGAGGGCAUCGAUCAACUCAAGUUCGAGCUCCAGGGUCUCCAGCUGCCAAUCCAGGUCAAGAAGCUGGGCUACGUCGCCUCUUCCAGCCGCGCCAGCAGGGCUUUCCGCUCGGCAGCAAGAGCCAGGCAGGUCAUGGGCUUGCCGUGGAUUCGGAACCUCGGCCACGAGCUGGCAGGCCCCAAGGUGAGACGGCAACAAGAGGCAGCACGUCUACAGCAGCUUCGAGGACGGGUGCGACGCUCCCUCAUACUCAAGAAAGCUGUCGGGGCCAGCCGCAUCACGCGCAUCCAGGCCGCUGGGAUCACGCCGUCCGUCACGCACGGGGCCUCGGUCAGCGGCGUCGCAGACGCGGUGCUCAAGCCGAUCCGAUCGGUUGCUGCGCUACUGGCAGGAGUGCGCCCGACGGGUCGCAUAUGCAUGGGCAUGCUCAUGCAAGACCAGCCAUUCUACGACCCACUGUAUGCGGCGACCACCAGCAUCGUUUUCAUGUAUGCAAGCAUGUUGUGGGAAGGUCGGGUGGAAAUGCAAGCUCUCAGUGGCACGUGGGACUUCGUCAACGGGCAGAUGAGCGCACAGCCCAGCUGGAGCCGAACGGACCCGCCCGAAGUGAUUCUUAAGACCCGUGAGCGGCUUGAUCGCCUUGCGUGGGAGUCGGCUCAGGAUGACCCACAUGAGGCCUUGCAGUUUGCCUAUGCUAUCCCGCUGCAGCCUCCCGCCUCUGAGAUGCCUCCCAUGUGCCCCGAUUUCGUGCACCAUUGGGGAGACGCCGAGAUUCCGUGGGGCGGUAGGUUUGUAAGACACAGCGUGGUGAUCGCCAUAGUGGUGAACCAGGUCUCCGUCAAGUACAAGCCGUACAUGAUCGACCCCGGGACGCAGGCGUCGGGGGAGGACGCGGCCGAGCCCGCGGACUACAAGGCCUACUGCCGCCGGCGCUGGGGCGGCGACGGCUGGACCUACUCGCUCAGGGACCGCGGGCAGGAGCUCGGUCUGCCCUUCGGGCAGUGGGAUUAUUGGCCGAACACCCUGAACGCCCACCGCGUCUGCGCGUACCUGGAGGAGCGAGACCAAGCCGACGAUUCACUGGGCGAGAAGGAGCGCGAGCGGCGGGGGCUCGCCCUGGUUGCCAAAUACUACGAGAUGACGUACGAGCGCGGGGUCAACAUCUCCACCCCGGAGGGUGCCGCGCAGGCGCUGGAGGAGCUCGGCUUCGCGCCGGCGGAGGACGCCCUGAGGUGGCUGCAGCAGGGUGGCGGCAAGGACACGGUUAACGCCCAGGACCGGUUCGCGAAGCGGGACAUGGAGAUCAGCGGCGUGCCGUACUUCGUGAUCUCCGACGGCGAGGGCCAGAGCAGGCCGCAGGCCCUGAGCGGCGCGCAGAGCAGCAGGUCCUUCCUGCAGGCCAUGUACAAAGUGGCCCGGUGA